AUGUCUACAUCCCGAGCCGACCUCUUCUCAAGCCUCGUCAUUUUACCCACUGCGAAUGCUCUUGGCCAUCUGAUGCCCGCGGUUGGCGCGAGCUGGGCAACUACUGGGGCACUAGUCUGGGACUAUCCUAUCCUCAUUCUCUUGUUUUCCGUACAUACACUACUCGACAGCUUUGACAAGUACCGAGAUAUACCCUCGGAGAAGAAGCCCAGUACAAUAAUAACCUUAAUAUGGGCUGGCACUUUGAUGCUUUCAAUCUCAGGGUCGUCAUAUGUCAGCGGAUUCUCGAGUGCCAUCCGCAUCGUUUGGUUCUUGUGUCUUGAAAUCUUCUGGGCUGUACCUCUGAUACCACUUUACUCGCGCAGACGAGGGUUCUACCUCGUCAAGUUGCGACAGCUCUUUGGGCCUCUCAAGUCUGCCUUUUGCGGCGUCAUGGCUGGUCUUAUGGACGCCGACCCGGCAUCGCAUCAUGCGUGCAUCAUUCUCACUGCGGACUGCGGCGCCGGCCCGCAACGCGUGCAAGCUCUCGCCUACAGCAUACUAUAUAACUUUCUCCGCGAAUCAUUUUACGACGCGAGGGACAUUGAAGAAGACAAACAAGAUCAUGUCUCCACUAUGGCCACGUUCCUCGGCAUGCCCAACACGAUCGCGUUGCUCUUGGCAGGGGCGGUGGCGGGCGAGGCAUGGAUCAGUGGUGCGAUAACACUAGAGGGCAAUACUCGAGCCGUGGGCGUGGUUGGCCUGUCGAGCUGGAUUGUUGCGACGCAGACCAGGGAGAAGCGAUUGGCGUGGGUUUUCUUUUCGCUUGUUUCGCUAUUGCCGGCGUGGCAUGCCCAAGCCCAUCUCUAA